AUGUAUUUAGAAGAUAUUCACAAAUAUCCAGGACUCUUUCCAAAUCAUCGAAAGGGUCCAACGAUUACAACUACUACAGAAUUAACAAAAAUCAACAUAAUCACUAUAACUCUUUCCGAAUAUACACAAAAUGCUAUUGACAUAUUAUUAGUUACUUUAGGUGCCUCUUUAAAUUUAUCAAUAAUCUUCAUUGUAGCCUUGAAUUCAUCUUUACGAGUAUCGACGAGCUGUUAUAUUAUCAGUUUGGUCGCUUCGAAUUUGGUAAUCAUGAUUGAGCCAUCACGAAGAAUUCUACGAUCCAUCUUCGAAUUAAAUAUUCCUAUGAAUCUCGACUACGUUUUUCAUGUUAGUUUCUAUUCGUCCGUAUUAACGAUCGUGAUUUUUAGUAUAGAAAAUUAUAUCUGUAUUUGCGAACGAUACAUUUCCAUAUAUGAAUACUUCACAAAACUAUUUAACACAACGAAGAGAAUAGUUUUCAUUUGGUUGACAUCUAUCAUGAUCACAGCAAUGGAAUUACAUCUUUACGAUCAUUUCGAAAGAGACGACAUGCAUGAUAUAUUCGCAGCUUCGACAAUCAUGUUUAUGGUUCUACCAUUUUUAAUUCUUAUUCUGAUUCAUUGUGCGAUCAUUUACGAACUAUUAUCGAUCAAAUCAAUCGAAGGACAAUGGCGAUCAAAAGAUCUGGAAAAUUUUCGUUUGUCAAUUGGCCUAGUCUGGGCGUUUUUUCUCACUAUGGUCCCAUAUAGAAUCGCAAAGGUAAUAACAUCGUUAAAUCCAAAUGCAAAGUGGUGUUGUUCGACGAAACAAAUGGAAAUUUUUUAUUUACUCAUUAAGAUAUUCCCUAUUGUAUCUACGAUCGUUUGUUACGUAACGUAUGAAAAAUUUCGUAAAGUAAUUCAGUUUGAAUAA